CAUCAUCAUCAUUAUCAUCAUCAGUCACAACUCCACCCAUUUCACUAAAUUCCCAGCCGUCGACAUCUGAUUUCACAUGGGAUUCUCCGUUUGUCUCGAAUGGUUUGUCUCUGAUCAUUGUUGUGUCUGUGGUUGUUCCUCUCCUCAUCGCUGGACUCGUUUCAUGUAUACUGACUGUGUGCAUGAAGCGUCAGGCUCGAGCUAAAGGCUCUGAGUCAGUCUCUAAAAUGCCUGAACCUGGAAGAGAAAACACUGAAGCGGUUCCUCAAUCUCUGUACAUUUACGAGGAGAUUAAAGACACCAGACCUCACACUGGCUGCAAAACUUCCCAAUUACCCACAAACCCCUCUGAUUCUACAAAAACAGUUUAUGCUACGGCCCAGUUACCCACAAACCCCUCUGAUUAUAUUAACACAGUUUAUUCUACUCCGCAAUUACCCACAACCCCCUCUGAUUAUAUUACCACAGUUUAUUCUACUCCGCAAUUACCCACAACCCCCUCUGAUUAUAUUACCACAGCUUAUUCUACUCUGCAAUUACCCACAACCCCCUCUGAUUCUAUUACCACAGUUCAUUCUACUCCGCAAUUACCCACAAACCCCUCUGAUUUUGAACAUCAUAUGCUCAUCAUUGUGCUAUGGUUUAAUUAUGGCCGGAUAGAUAAGAAACAGCCACAGACCCAGUGUUGUCAUCCUCCUAAUGAGCGGUUUGAGGGUCCUUCUCCUGGCAGACAGGACUGGACUGAAGUCCUGCGUAUAUUUCACCGGGUCACCGAAUACUGGGGUCAGUACAGAGUCUAUCACAUCUCUUACUGUCGAGGCCACAACUGA